GUUCAAGGGGGCCGAAUACUUUUGCAAGGCACUGUAUUUCAAGUCAAGCAUCAGCCUCCCCCUGCCCGGAUGUGCUCAUCACCCUGCUCACCAUGGGGGCCAGCGGCUACAGGAAAAAGUCUGGAGACAUUGAUGUGGUAAAUCAAGUGACGGGAGAUCGCUGCCAUUUGAAGUUUGCUCCUUACAGCUACUUCUCUAGAGAUGUGGCCAGGAAGGUGAUGGAUAAGGAUGGGAAGGCGCACUAUGUGCUGCCGGGGACCUGGGAUGAGAAGAUGGAGUUCCCCAGGGUCAUGCAGAGCAGCAAGGGAGAGAACGGCACCCAGGGCCAACAGAAGACUGUCUACCAGACGCUCAAGGGCAGGGAGCUGUGGUGGAAAAACCCUCUACCGGGGUUACAUUUGCAUUUAAUGUUGGAAGGCGUGGCGCCCACGGACAGCUGUCGACGACCCGACCAGAGGCUUAUGGAGGUGGGCCAGUGGGACGAGGCCAACGUAGAGAAACAGAGGCUGGAGGAGAAGCAGCAUAGUGUCCGCCGUGAGAGGGAACGGGAGGCCGCCAGCCAGCGUACAGCCAGCGAGUCAGAGGAAGCUGUCGAUGAGGACUGUUUUACUGACCCUUCUCUGAAAAGCACUCGCCAAGAUAACUACACGGUGCAGUGAUUUAAACGCUGCGACGACCCUACUCACAUAAGGGAGGCUACUGGGAGGCUAAGGAGAAAGGCAGCUGGUAGUCCUGUCCCGAAAUAUACUGACCUCAUAAUGGCUGUCUUUGACUAGAAAGUUUCCCAGGACGUAACCUACUUCAUUGGACCCUACCAAUGAACAGUUACACUCCUCCCAUUGUGUGGAUGUUUCACUCCACUGGCUCUCUGUUCUAAGAGAUCUAGAUGCUGCAGUCUGAUCCAAUGGGUGAACGGGGUAUUCCUAAGACUUGGUUGCAUUUUAGUCCCUAGCCCCUCUUUCCUCAGCUUCUACCCCGUCAGUGUUCACAGAUCUGAAGGGUAUCCUAGGUGAAGGCAAUUUGGCACAAACCUCACUCCUAUAAGAGGGCUAGGUGGAGCCUUCAUCACACUGUGUACUCCUUCACAUUUGCAAAAAGUCAUAGGGUGUGAGGAAAAGGGACAUGAAAUGAAACUGGGCAUACGUUUUGAAUAAAAGUAAUCUCUCUCCUCUGUCUUUGGCAUUAGUGGCGUGGGCCCAGAGCAGAUGAGGUUAGAUAACAGUUACACCUCUACCUACCAUAUUGUUCUUAUAUCCCUCUCUGUGAAGCUAUAUACUAAUGUUCCUCUCUUCAUCAAGAGCCUUGUGGUUGGGGGUAAACUUUUUUUUAUUAAAUGGAAUGAAACUCGGUUAAUAUAAUUAGUCAUUGAAACGAUGAUUGGUGGCCUUCAAGAAGUUGGAGAAGGUUUCUCAUUUUUAAUUUUCUGUUGAUUAGUGUAUUUAACAAAUGAACUAAAGGUUUGGGGGUUUCUGCUAGUAUGAUUGUAUUUGUUCAUCCAUCGGAAGCUUUAUGAAACGCAUCGUUGUGCAGUACUCCCAUCAUGCAGUAUCAACACAUCGAUAGUGGGUGCCCAGAAUACUGUAUGUUCCUUCUCUUAAAUAGUAGUUAUUGUACUGUAUCGGUUUUCUUACUAGGGCCUCGUCUUUCUCAUAAUCUAUGGUCAUGGAUAUUAUGAGAUGGUGAAAUUAACUUUUUUUAUAGGGGUGCUCUUGAGUUGAAGUUGUGAGAAGUAGACCUCUUGUCUGGUUCUUGGCUGGCUCUCUUAGUGUCCUUUCCUGUCAUCCCUGCUUUCAUCUCCAAUGAGUGGACACAUUCAGAUAAUGUAAAAAUGUAUUUAAAAACAAUCAGCAGAACAUAAUAAAAACCAUUGAACGACAAACCCAUUAUCCGUUUGCGAAGAAAAUGCAUAUUUCAAGAAAAAUUUUCGCAGUUUCAGGAAACAUAUUUCAAGAAACAUUUUCGCAGUUUAGGAACAAUGGUUUCUACCCACAGUAUGUGUUUGAUGGGAAAUAAUAGUAGCCAUGAACUGUACAUGGUAUUCAAAGUUGUUAAAAAAAUAGUUAUG